UGCACGUGCUUUCCCCCAGCACCAACAACUUUGCAGCAACUGCUGCUGCUUUUGGGGGGGAUGGAGGAAGACCCAGCAGCACCCCCGUGCCAUGGAGGGUCCCCUUGGCAUUCCCAGCUGGAGCUGUGUGGGCUCUGCUCCCUCCUCCAGGGCAGGAGAGCCCAGCAGGGUGGGGGCCAUGCUGGGCCCAUCUGUUUGCAGCUGCAGGAGGGGGCACGGAGCAGCUCGAGGCUGCUCUGCCUCUGACAGAAAUUGACUUAAAAAGAGACAAAAUCCCCAUCCCAGCCCGAGCAGCAGCCGGCCCUUUGCUGGCCUAAAUCUAAACCAUACUUCUCUUUUUUCCUAAGAGACUCCUUGAAGGGCUCUGGGAUGCUGUGAGUAAUAUUUUCGGGGUGUUUACACUACAGCAUGGUUUCUGUCUCCCAAAAAAAAAAAAAAAGACUCCGAGGGUGGUUUUUGUUGUUGUUGUUUUGCACUCAUGAGUCACUUCCAGAGGGGAGCAGGAGCUGACGCCUGUUUUUUGAAAAGGCUCAGAGGUCUGAGAGUGGCUCCUCAGGCUCCAUGUGCUGCCCACACCCUCCCCAGUGAGGCUCAGUGUCCCAGGGGGCUCAGCACCCUCUGCCCCCACAGCCCUGCUGUCCCAGCUGCUCCAACACCAUCAAAUGGGGAGCAGCUCCUCAAAACUGAGCAUUGUUAUCCCAGAGGUAGGAGGGUGCCUCCAUCAGCACACACAGGCUGGGCACACAGCCUCUGGGAAGCCUCACCUUGGGCAGGUGUCCCCAGCAUGGCCGUGGUCACCCCACCUGUGUGGGGUCACCGCAAUCACCGGGGCUGUGGCAGCAAUCCUGCUCCUUCCCACCCCGAGUCCCUCCUGCCGCCAGCCCGGGCACGGAGCCACCCCACAGCUCUGGAAAAGCAGGUUUUCCCUGUGGCCCUGGGAAGCAGCGAGGUGGAGAGGGGAAGAUGGAGCCUUUUCCUGGGUGGAAUUGCUCCAAGAGCACAGGGAGAGCUGCCCAGCCCUUGGGGACGUGCACAGGGGAGGUGACAACCCAGUGUCCUCAGGUCAGGUGCCUGUCCCUAACCUCAGCUAGGCAGCAGGGGCAGGAGUGCAGCAGUGCUGAGGGUGGGGAGCAGGGCUGUGGGACCCUGAGCCCCCCUCCAUGGCCUUGGCACCCCUCUGGGGACACCCAAAGUCCCCAAUGCCACCACUCACCCUGCCUGAACUCACCAGUGCCAGCAGCACAUCUGGGAUUCCACAUUAAAUCUGGAGCCUCUCCUCUCCUCGAGGAAAGGGGCCAGGCAAUGCAGGAUGGGCUGGCCAAGCUGCUGCUCCCCAAAAGCCUGAGGGGACCCCAGGAGCUGGGCACUGGCUGUGGGUGGCUGUGCCAUGGGCUCAAAAUGCAGCCAGGGCAUUUUGCUGCCCAGCCCGUGCCAGGAGCAUGCAGGGGGCAUCUCUCCUGCCCCAGGGUGAGGGCUGAGGGAUGUCACAGCAAGCCAGAGCCGUGCCUGACUGUCCUUCCUCCCUCCCACUCCUCCUCACCCUGCUGGGACAGACGAUGAGUGAAUCCAGCGCCAAAUCCAGCCAGCCCCUGGCCUCCAAAGGGGAGAAAGACGUGGCCGAGAAGAGGGGCCGAGGGCGGCCCAGGAAGAAGCCGCAGCAGGAGCCCAGCGAGGCCCCGACCCCCAAGAGACCCCGUGGACGGCCGAAGGGCAGUAAAAACAAGGCCACCACAAAGGGCAGGAAAGCUGCAGUCACACCAGGGAGGAAACCUCGAGGGCGACCCAAAAAAUCGGUGAGCAGGCUUUUCCCUUCCCCAUCCACCCUGGCAGGGCGCUGGGCACUUGGGGGGCACAGCAGCUCCCCAGAGAGCCCCAGGAGUGCACGGUGGAGGCUGUUGGGUUGGAGGAGCUCCGAGCAGCUGAGCCAGCAGGACACUGCACUGGGUGGGCUCUGAAGCCUCCAGAGGUGUGGGUUUGAGGAAUCCU